CCGGGCCGGCCCCGCGCGGCACCGGCAGAGCGCGGUGGGGCUCGGUUCGGUGCGGAGCCCUGCGGUGCCGCUGCCAUCGGCCCGGCUCGGCUCGGCCCGGCUCCGCUCCGUUUCGCUCCCUUCGGCUCGGUUCCGUUCGGUUCCGUUCGGUUCGGCGCGCAUCAGCUCGGCUCGACGUGGUUCAGAGCGGAGCGGAUCGGGUCGGAUCGAAGCGGAUCGGGUCGGAUCGAAGCGGAUCGGGUCGGAGUAGAGCCCGGCACAGCUGAGCUCGGCACAGCCCCGCAGGUUUGGGCACAGCCCGCAGGGCGCGCUCGGCGGCGGGGAUGGCGGUGCCGGAGCCGGACGCGCGGCUGGCGCAGGAGAAGGAGGAGGAGAGCGAGGAGGAGAGCGAGGUGCUGGAGGAGAGUCCCUGCGGCCGCUGGCAGAAGCGCCGCGAGCAGGUGAACCAGGGGAACAUGCCCGGCAUCCAGAGCACCUUCCUGGCCAUGGACACGGAGGAGGGUGUGGAGGUGGUGUGGAACGAGCUGCUCUUCACUGACAAGAAGGCCUUCAAAGCACACGAGGAGAAGAUCAAGACCAUGUUUGAGCAGCUGGUGCUGGUGGAUCACCCCAACAUUGUGAAGCUCCACAAGUACUGGCUGGAUGUGAAGGACUCAAAGGCACGGGUCAUCUUCAUCACGGAGUACGUGUCCUCAGGGAGCCUCAAGCAGUUCCUGAAGAAAACCAAGAAGAACCACAAGGCCAUGAAUGCACGGGCCUGGAAGCGCUGGUGCACCCAAAUCCUCUCGGCUCUCAGCUUCCUGCACUCCUGUGAGCCCCCCAUCAUCCACGGCAACCUCACCAGCGACACCAUCUUCAUCCAGCACAACGGGCUCAUCAAGAUCGGCUCCGUUUGGCACCGGGUGUUUGCCAACGCGCUCCCGGACGAUCUCCGCAGCCCCAUCAGGAUCGAGCGGGAGGAGCUGCGGAACCUUCACUUCUUCCCUCCGGAAUACGGCCAGAAGGCGGACGGGACGGCCGUGGACAUCUUCUCCUUUGGGAUGUGCGCGCUGGAGAUGGCCGUGCUGGAGAUCCAGACCAACGGGGACACGCGGGUGUCGGAGGAGGCCAUCGCACGGGCCCGGCAUUCCCUGGAUGAUCCCAACAUGAGGGAGUUCAUCCUGUCCUGCCUGACCCUGAACCCGGACAAGCGCCCGACCGCCAACAACCUCCUCUUCCACCGGGUGCUCUUCGAGGUGCAUUCCCUGAAGCUGCUGGCAGCCCAUUGCUUCAUCAACCACCAGUAUCUGAUGCCAGAGAACGUGGUGGAGGAGAAGAUCAAGGAGCUGGACCUGAACAUGGUGAUGGCCGAGAUCCGCAGGGAGGGCCGGCCCGGGGCGCAGUGGAGGUACUCGGAGGUUUCCUUCCUUGAGCUCGACAAGUUCCUGGAGGAUGUGAGGAAUGGGAUUUACCCCCUGAUGAACUUCGCUGUCUCCAGACCCCACGCUCUCCCCCGCGCCCUCUCCCAGCCCCAGGAGGAUCCUCAGAAAGCCAAGACCCCCACGCCAGAGCCCUUUGAUGUGGAGACCAGGAAGGUGGUGCAGAUGCAGUGCAACAUGGAGCUGAACGAGGACAAGAGCCAGUGGCACCUCACGCUCCUGCUCAUCCUGGAGGACAAACUGCACCGCCAGCUCAGCUAUGACCUGCUGCCCACUGAUAACUCCAAGGAUUUGGCCACGGAGCUGGUGCAUUAUGGAUUCAUCCACGAGGAUGACUGUGAAAAGCUGGCCACGUUCCUGGAGAGCGCCUUCCACAAGCACCGCUCCCAAGCCCUGUGAGCCAGGACCCAGCGCAGCCCCCGUUCCCAGGGGAUCGAGGUGCCGGACUGGAGGAUCCCAAAGGGCUCCUG